AGCGCCCACUUCCUGGGUCUUCUCUUCUCUUGCAGAAUGUCGUACCCGGGAUACCCGCCUUCGGGCUACCCGACGUUCCCCGGCUAUCCUCCCACAGGGCAGGAGUCCAGCUAUCCUCCUGUGGGCCAGUACCCCUACCCUGCUGCUCCCGGAGGAUUCCCACCGAUGGGAGGGGGAGUGUAUCCUGCUGCACCUCCAGCCGGCGGCUUCCCGGGGAGCGCGGGGUACUCCCCUGGCCCUGGGGGGUACCCCCCUGCCCCUGCCGGAUACCCUGGGGCUCCUCAGCCCAGCGGGAUGCCAGCUUAUCCUGGAGGGGCUGGGGCUGGCGUGCCGCCCAGCGGUCCCAGCUUCGGCUACCCGCAGCCCCCAUCCCAGAUGUACGGCGGAGGACCAGCACAGAUGCCAGCUGGGUAUCCAGGUGGAGCCGCCCCGGCCCCAGCGCCCCCUCAGCCCGCGGCCGUGACGCAGGCGAUGCAAGGCACGAUCCGGCCGGCGCCUGCCUUUGACGCCGGGAGAGACGUGGAAAUUCUGCGCAAGGCCAUGAAGGGCUUCGGGACAGACGAGCAGGCCAUCAUUGACGUCGUGGCCAACCGCUCCAACCUCCAGAGGCAGCAGAUCAAGACUGCCUUCAAGACCAUGUACGGCAAGGAUUUGAUCAAAGACCUGAAGUCAGAGCUGAGUGGAAACGUGGAAGAGCUGAUCCUCGCCCUGUUCAUGCCGACCACUUACUACGAUGCCUGGAGCUUGCGGCACGCCAUGAAGGGCGCAGGGACGCAGGAGAGCGUGCUGAUCGAGAUUCUCUGCACGAGGACCAACCAGGAGAUCCGCGAGAUCGUGCAGUGUUACAAGACUGAAUUUGGCAGAGACAUCGAGCAUGACAUUCGGGCGGAUACCUCAGGACACUUCGAGCGCUUACUCGUGUCCAUGUGUCAGGGCAACCGGGAGGAGAGCCCAGCGGUGGAUUACCAGAAGGCUCAGCAGGACGCGCAGCGGCUGUACCAGGCGGGCGAGGGGCGGCUGGGCACCGACGAGUCCUGCUUCAACAUGCUCCUGGCCUGCCGAAGCUUCCCCCAGCUGCAGGCCACCGCGGAGGCCUACUCACAGAUUGCUAACCGGGACUUGCUCAGCAGCAUUGGUCGGGAGUUCUCGGGAAACGUGGAACGUGGCUUGAAGGCCAUCCUGCAGUGCGCGCUGAACCGCCCAGCCUUCUUUGCGGAGAGGCUUUACCAUGCCAUGAAGGGAGCCGGCACAGAUGACUCCGCCCUGAUCAGGAUCGUCGUCACCCGCAGCGAGAUCGAUCUUGUGCAAAUCAAGCAGGUAUUUGCACAGAUGUUCCAGAAGACGCUGGCCACGAUGAUCUCGAGCGACACCAGCGGGGACUACAGGCGCCUGCUUCUGGCCAUCGUCGGUCAGUAGCGAGCCACCCAGGCCGGGAAGAAGGAGCCACGCCGCAGCAGUCGCUGCACGGAAGGGCGGACGCUCCCCCAGACGCUUCAAACCCAGACGCUUUGACUGAUUUGACGGGCUUUUGUUUCGUGCACAGAUUUGCCUUAGUUUAGCACCACUUGUAUGCUGCGAUGGAAAUUAAGACAUGUGUUGUCUGAAUUGCCGCAGUUCUUUUAGCAGGGCCAUGCGCACAACUCGCUCAUACAUGCCACUUGUCUUAUUCUGAAACAUUAACGGUGAGAUAAUGUGCCCACCUGUUCCGAAGGGAGCCGAGUGGCUCCCUCCCUGGGAAACUGAGGCUGGGCAGGGCUCGUGGGAGCACAGUCCGCCUGCAGGGAGGGCUGACCGGCACGCGCACAGCAGACCGGGGGCUUCCCACGGGGCUCCCCCUCCCACCACUUGGCCCUCACGGGACCCCGGGGUGCCGCAGGCACAGCCUGCCUCCCUCCCCUCCUGCUCUGAUCGUGCUGCUUUCUGCGCUCGCGUGCUCGCUCGCUUUCGGGGCCACCUGUGACAGCUGCACUUUGGAGAGUGGAUCCACCCCAAAGGGCAGGGGUGGAGUGACUCUUGCUGUCCCGAGGGGCUCCUCCAGUUUCUUAGCAUUGCCCUGACUCUUCCCGGGCCCUGCCAUUCCCGAGCCUCCAGGUUCUCCAGAAGGAGAGGGCCUCUUCCUGCCGCAGUUUUCCAAGCACAGCUGUUGAAAAAAGGGUGCUUCUCUUUCAACCUAGUAUGCCAAUCCCGAGCAGCAGGUAACCUCGUGACAGCCAGAGCAGGGGAGCUGGGGCAGCUCCAUGGGCUCCCCGAGUUCUGAGCUUUGCGAGCAAAAAUGGGGAACUGGGUUCCCGUGAAAGGGGGUGUCUUGGAAUCUCUGCGGGGGCAGCCCCAAAUCGGAUCGCAGGGAGACAGACAAGGAAAGAGCAGGAACGUGCACAGCAAGAAACUUGUGCCAAUUUCUAAAUCACCUGUUUGAAAAAUGUAAAAGCAAUUCAUCACACAAUGCAUAUAAUUAUUUCAUAGAUUUAUUUGAAAAAUACUUACAAAGGCAAGUAUGUUAUAACCCUAAAACAGUUAAAGCGAUUCUGUGUUUACAAUGUUACAA